AUGGGGAAAAAAAAAUACGUCUACCUCCAGCUGUCGAUAAACAGUAUCGUGCUUGGAAAGGUAUACAUCCAAUUGUUUGAUGAUCCAGAGGUAAGGAACUCAGUGGAGAACUUUCUCUCCUUGUGUAGAGGUAACAAGUACCACAGUUUAUAUUCAGGAGAAUCUCUAUCAUAUAAGCACUGCAUUAUCGAGAAGGUUAAAAAAAACAAAUGCAUAAAGAGCGGUUAUCUACGAUGUAAAGUUACGCAUGAUACCAGUGGACAGGUGAUCCCUCCGUCGAGACGGAAGAACAGUAAGGAAAAGUACGAACAAGUGGAAUGCAUCUUCGGCCCAAAUUUCAAGAAGGAGAAUUCCCAAAGGAGACAUACAAAUGCAGGGCUACUCACUAUGGUCCAGGUUGGACCCAAACGUUGCUCCUCUAUUUUUAAGAUUACACUAAAUCCCGUUCAUAAAUACAAUGGAAAAAAUACCAUCAUCGGUCGAGUCGUUAAAAAUAUGCACGUAUUGAGGGCCAUCGAGCUAAUUCCAGUAACAAACAACUUUGAACCGAAGACCUGUAUCUACAUAUCCGAAUGCAAUGAGGUGAGUGAGUCUGUCUUCAAGGGGGAGCGCAUUUCCUCCAGGCAACAGUACAUUGAUAAUCUCUUUGCCACUGCCGGUAUGACCGAGGCGGUGGACACAGGCGGAGCUAGCGAUGAUAGCAGUUACGAUAGUGCUGAUGGUAGUGGUCCUAGGGAGGCAUACAUUAAGGGAAAGUACACGGACACCCUAGGAAAAAUAUUGGCCAAGGAGAAAAAGGGGAAAUCAGAAAAGACAGAGAAGCAGAAAGGGAUAGAUCUGCUCAAUCGGAUCCUCUCCGAUAUUGACGCACUCUCCAGGGGGGAUACAGUGGAAAAGGUAGGAACGGUACAGAAGGGAGAGGCACAUAAGGUGGGAGCAGUGCAGAGAACAUCCUCAACGCACAAGGUGGAUACAACGAAUAAGGUAGAUACAACGAAUAAGGUGGACGCAACGAAUAAGGUGGAGGAAGUGAAGUACCCUCCGCGUAGAAUGACGAGCAGGGAGAAGAGACUCCUGGAAAUUGAACACAAGAUAAACCAGUCCAAGGGGUUGAAUCAAAUGGAGGCCAAUCGGGAGAGGUCGAUCGGAUACCUCCCCGCGAGAGGCACCUCCGCAGGGAAAACAGACGAGUAUGCGUGCUACCACUAUGAGAAGAAUACCAGUGUUACCAAUGCGUGUAGGAGGAGGCCGACAAGGGGAGAUGGGUCCACGGGUCAAGCAGACGGAGACCCACCCAAUGGUGAUGAUCAACAUAUUGGUGAUGAUCCACCCAUUGGUGAUGAUCCACUCAGUAGCACCGACGAUAAGGAAGAUGCCCCGGCCAUCUACACUACCAGCGCCGCUCAAGCAAAAGGCGCCUCCAAAAAGAUAAACAAAAAAGAGCUAAUCGAAGUGGACAGGGAUAAGAGAUUUUUUAAAAAAAUGAAAUUCAACUUUUCUAUAAAUAGGAAUCUGUAUGAUGAGAAAAAAAAAAAAAUGGGGAAAAGUUUCUACGGACAGGAUUUGCUAAUUACAGACACAUCCAAGUGCACCGAGAGGGACAAAAAUAAUGUCAUCAGCUUCUGCAGAAAACAGGAGAUGGUCCGCUCGAAGCUCAGUCGGAAGAGGAAAGAAGAUAAUGGUGUUUUUAAAAAUUACAUCAACAAGAGGAACAAAAUGUAUAAUAAAAAACUCGACCGCUACUUUAACCAACACACAGCCGAAAUUAGACAGAACCUGGAGCGGGGCGGUUAG